AUGAGGAACACCUCAACUCACCCGGAUGACGGCAUCAGUGUGAGGGAUAGUGGCGAUGCAGCUAACCCAAUUACCAAGUGUUCUGGAUGUGUGAAGCACCAGAACUGGAAUGUGGAGAAGCAGAGAGAGCUGGAUAUUUCCGCACGGCAAGAGCAAGAGUUUUUUACUGUGAAGCCACCUGCGGUCCCCGGUCUCAGAGCCUCUCCAGGCCUGUUCUUUCUGCUCAUUAGCUCUUCUCAAGAUCAAGGGAGAGAUGUGGGCUCUGAUUACAGCAUCUUUGAAAAGGGCACCAUUUGGAAAUUUGGGGAACAGGCAGAAGUAGGAGAGAUCAAGAUCAAGAUCGGACAGAAAGUCGCCUGGCUACCCCCGAGGCCGCUGAAGGUCAGCGCAGUCGUGGCGUUCUCCGCACCGGCUGCCUACCUGACCCAUCAGCAGAAGGUGUUGAGGCUUUAAAAGUGGGUGCUGUGCCACCUCGAGUUGUGUUGCAUCCACAGGGACAAAUACCGAUACUUUGCUUGUUUGAUGAGAGCCCGGUCUGAAGAACAUACGAACGAAAAGGAUAUGAUGAAGGCCACCCGGCUGCUGAAGGAGGCUGAGGAAGAAUUCUGGUACCAUCAGCAUCCACAGCCAUACAUCUUCCCUGACUCUCCUAGGGGUACCUCCUAUGUGACACACGAGUGCUACAAGGUCCCAGAAUGGUGCUUAGAUGACUGGCAUCCUUCUGAGAAGGCAAUGUAUCCUGAUUACUUUGCCAAGAGAAAACAGUGGAAGAAACUGCGGAGGGAAAGCUGGAAAAGAGAGGUUAAGCAGCUGCAGGAGGAAACGCCACCUGCCGGAAAGGAAGGUGAUUUGCCCCCACUGUGGUGGCAUAUUGUGACCAGACCCUGGGAGCAGCCCGAUUGUCUAAGGCUGAAGACGAUAGAACCGCUCCUCCAGAGCUAUAGCCCUGCUGCCUUCCUCCACGAAGAUGGGACUUGCCUGUGCUCGCUCUUCCAGUGUCUCCCUGGUUGA